GUUGAACAGUUUAAAUCCUCAGAGCUGCUCCUCUUAUUUCUGGUUUUCUCUCUCUGGAUGCAGGAGAUGAACAUCUCUUAAUGAGGCAGCAGUGAUGACGUCACUCGGAAUGACUCCUCCCCUUUCUCUGCUGUUACUGCUCAUGGUUUCAGGAGGUGUUGUUUCUCAGCAGUGGGCUGUGUUUUACACACCGAGCUCCAUCUGUGCUGGAAAGGGAUCUACAGUGACUCUGGGCUGCACAUACACAUAUCCAACAUAUCCAACUCGUUAUAAAGUUGAGAAAGCUUUCUGGAGCAGAGAACGGGUUCAAAGCGGUAAAGAGCCUCCUGAUCUGUCUUCAGCCCCAGAGUACAGAGACAGGGUUCAGUACCUCGGAGACAAACGGAGUGACUGCCGUCUCAGACUGAGUGAUGUGAGAGACCAGGACCGAGGCAGAUACUUCUUCAGAUUUAUAACAAACAUAUCUGGUGGACAGUUUCAAGGUAGACCUGGAGUUUUUCUUUCUGUCAGAGCCUCAGAGCUUCAGGUGGAGAUGAUUCCUGAUGAAGUGGUUGAGGGAAAGACAGUCACUCUCACAUGUAAAAACACCUGCAGCCCGACUGUCUCCUGGUACAAAAGUGGAAAUCUUUUAUCCUCCUCCUCUAACCCUCUCCGUCUGCGGUCAGUCAGUCAGAGGGAUUCAGGUGAUUACAGCUGUGCUGCACAGGGAGAAGAUUAUCGCUCCCCUGCUGUCACUCUUGAUGUCCAAUGUAAGUCCAGAUUUAUUCUUUCACUCAUGAAACUAGCAACACAAAGUUGGUGCUGAAUCCACAUGUAAAAUGAAUCCCAUCAGUAAUGAAGCAGGAACCAGCAGCACAGCAACACAACAAGUCAUCAGUUGAUGUGAAGUUUCACUGGAUGCAUUCUGAUCAGGUUUACACUGGACAUGAUUAACGGCUUUAGUCCUACAGAAUACUGCAGAGAGAACUUCAUUAUUCUUUUACAGAAAAGAUAUUUAGAUAUGAACAGUUCACAUCUCUCAGAGAGCCAACUCGCCCCAAAACUGUA